GAAAUACCAUUAUCGGAUCAGGAAUCCCGCAUCAGCACAUAGACAAAGCUUUACACGGCACGGGGGAAUCCUACACACGGAAAAAUAAUCGACAUGGGCACCGAGUAUUUACAGAGUCUCGAGGUUCUACCUACAGAGGAUAGAAAACCCAAUCCCUCAGUGUCUGGUUCCGCUGUCGUGUUCCUGGACCAGCAAACUGGAGAAACUCAGCAAUUAGCAUCCGGCUGGAUUUACGGUAUCCCAGACUCUCCAGACCAGAUUCCCGACAAAUUCUACACAGAAGUUGGGUUCCGAUAUGGAAGAGGUGGAGGAUCUCAGCUCCCUGAUACACGCGGAUGGUAUCGCAGCAAAGCGGACUACGAUGCCCGAUUUCAAUCCACCCUGAGCAACUAUCGAACUACUCGCAAGUAUGGCGGCAACUUCAUCUGCUUGCCAUCUGCACUCUGGGGAGCGGACGGCGGCCAGCCACCAGAUGCGCCUUAUCCUGGAGAUGAUGGCGAUUGGUCAAGUUGGGAUGAGCUGCUCGCGACUUGGAUCAAGGAUGCAAAGGCAAACGACAUGCUGGAAGGACUUGUAUUCGAUAUCUGGAACGAGCCCGAUCUGAAGUUCUUCUGGAAUCGAUCGCGGGAGCAAUGGCUUCAGUUGUGGAGCAGAUCGUAUCAUGUUUUAAGAAGAGAAGUGCCUGGAGUACGAAUUAGCGGUCCCUGCUUUAGCACUGCGCCCGAGGCUGACAACGAAUGGUGGCAAGAGUAUCUUGCUUUUGUGAAAACAGACAACAGUAUUCCUGAUGAAUGGUCAUGGCACAUGGAGCAAGGCUAUGGCAACCUGACUGAUGGAAUGGCCAGUUUCAGAAAGCUUCUGGAUCAGCACUCAAUACCAGAAAGUGGUGUUGUGAAUAUCAACGAAUAUGCUAUCUGGGCUGAACAAGUACCGUCUGGCGCAGUGUGGUUCAUCUCCCAGCUAGAGAGAGAAAACGCGAUCGGAUUAAGGGGAAAUUGGGCGAUGGCUGGUGCACUACACGAUUUCCUUGCGGGACUAGUCUCAAAACCUGGCGCUGGGACCAAGGAUUACUCGAUAACAGCUGGUGGAUACUUCCCAACUGCGGAAUACCAUGUCUACAAGUACUAUGGAUCAGAGAUGAAGGGCCAAAGGUUAAAGACAGCUGCGAACGCUACAACAGAUGGCGAGGUGUUCGCGGUGAAAGGUUCCAACAAGCUACGGAUUCUGGCUGGAACGCGCAACGCGAAGGGUGAUUGGGCGAUUGAUCUGAAAGGUGGAGAAACCUUGGGCUACACUGAUGGCACAGAAGUAGAAGUUCGAGUGCUGGAAUUCAUAGGGACGGACGAUCAUCUUGCAGAAGGUGAUGGUCCAAAGAAUCUUCAAAGCAGGAGGCUGAAAUGGCAGGGAGGACAGUUGCGGCUUGAGAUUCACCAAGAGAAUCCCUUAUCCGCCUAUGCAUUUGAGAUUGCAUUGAAUGAAUAAUUAUCUAUGCAAUGAAAAAUCGAUUAAAUUGCAGUUAAAUUCACUAAAUCAAAAUUCUGAAAUAUUCUG